AUUUUAAUUAAUCUCGUCAACGUCACGCGAGAUUCUCACAUAGAACGAGACCUUCCGUUUUGCAAUCGGUUCCUAAAGUCCGUCACAACCCGAAUUAUCAUACAGGAGUGAAAUUCAACGGUGUUUUCUUGACUCCUGUAAAUAAAUUUCCUUCGAGAUGGCUCAGCAAGUAUUGCCGAUACGUUUCCAGGAGCAUUUGCAGGUUAUUUUUUCCUAACUAAUAUUUGCCGACUGUCCACGUAAACGCCCACUCAUAAUUUGUCAUAUUUUGGCAGAAAUUGGGCGUAUUUUGUAUUGUUAUGUAUUUCUAAUUAUUUUUCAACAAUUUAUUAGUCGUCUUAAGCGUUUUCCAACAGAAAAUAGGGGGUUUUACAAACGUGAUGAAUAAUCGGCCUUUGAUAAUUGAACGUGCUUAUGAAUAAUAAUUUAUACGUAAUUUGGGAGAAAUUGAGUAGUACUAUUGAAAUCUGUUUGAAUAUAGCGUCUAUUGUAGCUAUUAAGGAUAGCAGUUGUCGUUUCUUUUUUAUGCUGAUCGAUUGACGCCUCCUAACCCUACCGCCAUCUAUCGCCCAUAUAUUAUACUUGUCCUGAAUCUAAUCGAAUGAUUUUUUUUUCACCCUACAGCUGCAAAAUGUUGGAAUUAACGUUACCAACAUUGGGUUUAGCACGCUUACAAUGGAAUCGGACAAGUAUAUUUGUGUUCGGGAGAAAGUUGGGGAAACAGCCCAUGUUGUUAUUAUUGACCUAGCCGAUACAGCAAACCCUAUCAGACGUCCCAUUUCAGCUGAUUCAGCUAUUAUGAACCCUAAGAGCAAAGUUAUCGCAUUAAAAUCAAGCAAUACUUUACAAAUUUUCAACAUUGAAAUGAAAAGCAAGAUGAAAGCGCAUAACAUGACAGACGAAGUACAAUUCUGGAAAUGGAUUAACGUUAACACAGUAGCUCUUGUCACUGAAACAUCAGUAUAUCACUGGAGCAUGGAGGGAGAUUCCCAACCUCAAAAGAUGUUUGAUCGUAAUGCCAGCAUGAACGGCUGUCAAAUCAUAAAUUAUAGGACGGACCACGAACAGAAAUGGCUACUCUUGGUUGGUAUUUCGGCACAACAAAAUCGUGUCGUUGGAGCCAUGCAAUUGUAUUCAGUCGAUCGUAAAGUAAGUCAGCCGAUAGAAGGACAUGCGGCUGCUUUUUCAAAAUUUAAAUUACCUGGUAACCCACAUGCAUCGACCAUCUUCUGUUUUGCCGUUAGAAGUGCACAAGGAAAUAAAUUGCACGUUAUCGAAGUUGGCUCUCCUCCAUCUGGCAAUCAACCAUUCCCCAAGAAGACAGUUGAAUUAUUCUUUCCACCAGAAGCAAGCAACGACUUCCCAGUAGCUAUGCAGGUUGGGGAAAAGUAUGAUGUUAUUUAUUUAAUAACGAAAUACGGUUAUAUUCAUUUGUACGAUAUUGAAUCGGCUACGUGUAUCUAUAUGAAUCGCAUUUCUGGAGAUACCAUUUUUGUUACCGCUGGCCACGAUGCUACCUCUGGUAUAAUUGGAGUUAACCGAAAAGGACAAGUUUUGAGCGUUUCUGUUGAUGAAGAAAACAUUGUCCCUUACAUUACCAAUAAGUUAUCCAAUGCCGACCUAGCUCUGAGAAUGGCAUCUAGAAACAAUCUACCUGGAGCUGAGGAUCUGUUUGUUAGACAAUUCAAUCAAUUAUUCUCAAGUGCACAAUAUUCUGAAGCAGCAAAAGUUGCAGCAUCAGCUCCAAAGGGUAUCCUACGUACCCCAGCAACCAUUCAGAGAUUCCAGCAAGUACCUGUUCCAGCUGGUCAAACAUCUCCGAUUCUCCAAUAUUUCGGAAUACUUCUCGACCAAGGGCAAUUGAAUAAGUAUGAAACUCUCGAACUUUGCGGUCCCGUCAUACAGCAAGGAAGAAAGCAAUUAAUUGAAAAAUGGCUUAAAGAAGACAAAUUGGAGAGUUCAGAAGAAUUAGGUGAUUUGGUGAAAGGAAGUGAUCAGACUCUUGCUCUCUCUAUAUAUCUGAGAGCAAAAGUUCCAAAUAAGGUUAUACAAUGUUUCGCAGAAACUGGCCAAUUCCAAAAAAUCAUUCUCUACGCAAAGAAAGUCGGUCAUACUCCAGAUUAUAUCUUUUUGCUUCGCAACGUUAUGCGUUUAAACCCUGAUCAAGGAGCGCAAUUCGCUCAAAUGUUGGUUGCUGAUGAUGAACCUUUAGCCGAUAUCAAUCAGAUUGUUGACGUCUUUAUGGAAGCCAACAUGAUACAGCAAUGUACGUCAUUCCUUUUGGAUGCUUUGAAAAAUAAUAGACCAUCAGAAGGUCACUUACAAACUCGCUUAUUAGAAAUGAACCUGAUGUCAGCACCCCAAGUUGCUGAUGCCAUUUUGGGAAAUCAAAUGUUCACCCAUUAUGAUCGUCCUCACAUUGCUCAACUGUGUGAAAAUGCCGGUCUACAACAGAGAGCUUUGGAACAUUAUACCGAUUUAUACGAUAUUAAGCGUGCUGUUGUCCAUACACAUUUACUCAACUCUGAGUGGCUCGUCAACUAUUUUGGCUCGCUAUCUGUCGAAGAUUCUCUUGAGUGUAUCAGAGCUAUGCUCAAUGCUAAUAUUCGUCAAAAUUUGCAGGUUUGCGUCCAGAUUGCAACAAAAUAUCAUGAACAAUUAACAACGCAAGCAUUAAUAGAGAUUUUCGAGUCAUUCAAAUCUUUCGAAGGUCUUUUCUAUUUCCUAGGAUCGAUUGUUAACUUUAGUCAAGAGGCUGAUGUUCACUUCAAAUACAUACAAGCAGCUUGCAAAACAGGUCAGAUCAAAGAAGUUGAGAGAAUCUGCAGAGAAAGCAACUGCUAUGAUCCAGAAAGAGUUAAGAAUUUCUUAAAGGAAGCAAAACUCACCGAUCAGCUUCCUUUGAUCAUCGUCUGCGACAGAUUCGAUUACGUUCAUGAUCUUGUACUCUAUUUGUACAGAAACACUCUUCAAAAAUACAUCGAAAUUUACGUACAAAAGGUUAAUCCAUCUCGAUUGCCAGUUGUGGUUGGUGCCCUGUUGGAUGUUGACUGUCCAGAAGAUGCAAUCAAAUCUCUAAUGAUGGUCGUAAGAGGUCAAUUCUCGAUGGAUGAACUUGUCGAUGAGGUGGAGAAGCGUAACAGGCUAAAAUUACUUUUACCAUGGCUCGAGAAUUGUAUUAGAGAAGGAAGCACUGAUGCCGCCAUUCAUAGUGCUUUGGCGAAAAUAUAUAUCGACAGUAAUAAUAACCCUGAUAGAUUCCUGAGGGAAAACCAAUUUUAUGAUUCAAAGAUUGUUGGAAAAUACUGCGAAAAGAGAGAUCCUCAUUUAGCUUGCGUAGCUUACGAAAGAGGCCAUUGUGACAUGGAACUUAUUGAUGUUUGCAAUGAGAAUUCAUUGUUCAAGAGCGAAGCACGUUAUUUAGUUAAGAGAAGAGACCCAGAACUAUGGGCUCAUGUUCUACGAGAAGAAAAUCAAUUCAGAAGACCGCUUAUUGAUCAAGUAGUCCAGACAGCACUUACUGAGAGCCAAGAUCCUGAUGAUGUUUCAAUAACCGUCAAAGCCUUUAUGACGGCAGACUUACCGAAUGAAUUAAUUGAACUAUUAGAAAAAUUGGUUUUGGAGAGUUCAGUGUUUAGUGAACAUAGGAAUCUACAAAAUCUUCUUAUCCUUACUGCCAUCAAAGCUGACAAAACUAAAGUCAUGGAAUAUAUUACCAGAUUGGACAACUAUGAUGCUCCCGAUAUUGCGAACAUAGCCAUCAGUUCUGAGUUGUAUGAGGAGGCAUUUGCCAUUUUCAAAAAAUUUGAUGUUAAUACUUCAGCUAUUGAUGUCCUUAUUGAUCAAGUGAACAAUCUUGAUAGAGCUUACGAAUUUGCUGAAAAAUGCAACGAACCAGCCGUUUGGAGCCGCUUGGGAGGAGCUCAGCUUAGUCACGGUUUAGUUAAGGAGGCGAUUGAUUCCUACAUCAAAGCUGAUGAUCCAGCCAAUUAUAUGGACGUUGUAAAAGCCGCUAACAAGAGCCAAAAUUGGGAAGAAUUGGUUAAAUAUCUCCAAAUGGCUAGGAAGAAGUCGAGAGAAACACUUAUUGAAACGGAGCUGGUCUAUGCCUAUGCGAAAACCAACAGGCUUGCUGAUUUGGAGGAGUUCAUUUCAGGUCCAAAUCAUGCUAACAUUACCCAGGUAGCUGACAGAUGCUUCACUGAAAAGAUGUAUGAAGCCGCAAAACUUUUAUAUAACAAUGUUUCAAAUUUUGCCCGUUUGGCAAUCACUCUCGUCCACCUCGGUGAAUAUCAAGGAGCUGUUGAUAGCGCUAGAAAAGCAAACAGCACUCAGACCUGGAAAGAAGUAUGCUUCGCUUGUGUUGAACAAGAAGAGUUUAGACUAGCUCAAAUGUGUGGUUUGAACAUUGUCGUGCACGCUGAUGAGCUAGAAGAGUUAAUUAAUUUCUAUCAGGAUAGAGGAUAUUUUGAAAAACUUAUCAGCUUACUGGAGGCUUCCUUAGGUCUUGAAAGAGCGCAUAUGGGAAUGUUUACAGAAUUAGCUAUUCUCUACGCUAAGUACAAGCCACAGAAAAUGAGAGAGCAUUUGGAAUUGUUCUGGUCUAGAGUUAAUAUACCGAAAGUCUUGAGAGCGGCUGAACAAGCCCAUCUAUGGUCCGAAUUGGUAUUCUUAUAUGAUAAAUACGAAGAAUACGAUAAUGCUGUUAUAACCAUGAUGAAUCAUCCGUCUGAUGCCUGGAAAGAAAAUCACUUUAAAGAUGUUAUUACUAAAGUAGCAAAUGUAGAAUUAUACUACAAAGCUCUCCAAUUUUACAUCGAUUAUAAGCCAUUGCUGUUGAAUGAUUUGCUGAUUGUCCUAACGCCCAGGAUGGAUCAUACUAGGGCCGUAAACUUCUUCCAGAAGAAAAAUCAAUUGCCUUUGGUUAAGCCCUACCUUCGCUCCGUACAAAAUUUGAACAAAAAGGCAAUUAAUGAAGCACUUAAUCAGUUACUAAUCGACGAAGAGGAUUAUCAAGGAUUACGCACGUCAAUUGAAGGAUUUGACAAUUUCGAUACUAUCAGUUUGGCUCAGAGCUUAGAAAAGCAUGAAUUAAUUGAAUUCCGUAGAAUUGCAGCAUACCUCUACAAGGGCAACAACAGGUGGAAGCAAUCUAUUGAAUUGUGUAAGAAAGAUCAUUUGUUUAAAGACGCUAUGACAUAUGCUGGCGAAUCAAGAGAUGUUGAUCUGGCUGAGGAUCUCAUGGGAUGGUUCCUCGAACAGAGUAAAUUUGAAUGCUUUGCAUCAUGCCUGUAUCAAUGUUACGAACUUGUCCGACCUGAUGUCAUACUCGAACUGGCCUGGCGUCACCGAAUUAUGGAUUACGCUUUCCCUUACUUUAUCCAGGUGGUUAGGGAACUGUCUUCAAAGGUUGAGAAACUAGAACAAUCUGAGGCAUUACGAAGCGAAGCGGAAGAAAAAGCUGAAGAACGUCCAAUUGCCUUGACUGAACCGCAAUUAAUGAUAACGGCCGGACCGGCAAUGGGUAUACCACAGCAAACGGGUGCCAUGUAUAACGCCCCAGCCCAAGGAAUACCAGCAGGAGUACCAGCAGGAGUACCAGCAGGAGCUUACAUGGGUAACAUGCCUAAUUCUACCGGUUAUGGAAUGGGGAUGAUGCCACCUCAAGGGGGCUACGGAGGCAUGUAG